ACAUCUCGCUUUCCCAAACCACAGGAUUACGGCUGGUAAAGCCCACCUGAACUUCUUGAUCUCGGAUCCAGCUCCGCGCCUGGCGACCGAUGUAACGCUGGAAAAUGAGACGCAGCAGCUGCAGCGGCUCGUCCCGCUUUCCUGUCAAGCUUCUCCCCCCCCCUCUCCUUGCUUUUUGUCUGACCGAAGGGCUGCAAACUGAGGGUUUUUUGCCUCCAAUUACAGAGGGGGUUCAUAUCGAAUACGCAUCAGAAGGCGAGAGAUGCAUGAACUGCAUCUUGCCGCGACGCGUUGUUCUCGAACCGAGAAAGGAACGAACUGUUCGUAGAGCCUUCACUGGUGCGCGAUUCAGAGCUUCGUGUAUCAGAGAACCAAUGCUCUCGUGAACCCCCAUCGAUUCGUGAAGCAGAAAUGCACGUGAGGCCAAUUCUAGCAGCUCAUGCAUGACAUGAAGUGGACAUUGAUAGCACGCGCAUCGCACCCAAUCCCCAAGAACUAUCGUAAAAAAAUU